AUGAAAAUGUGGAACAGUCGAAUUCCUGGACCAACGAGUUUGACGACGAAGAAGGUGGUGAUGGAGCGGCACGAAAGUGUGAAAAAGUUGAUUCCAAUGGUGAUUCUUAUCUCGGCCAUGUUUGCCUUCUGUUGGCUGCCUCUUUUGCUUCUCAUCAACGUGGUCAUCGAUCUUUGGCCAAGUGUGGCCAGCUGGAAAUUCAUCUUUAUAUAUGGUAAGUAA